CCCACGUGGCCUUGUUUUGUGGUUUGUUGCACUUUUCUCCUACACAACACCGCAUCGAAGAAAGUCCGUUCGUUUUGCUGCUGAGUGAGGAAGAAGUAAAGCAGGAGCAGGGGUAAUGGCUGCUGGAGGUUGGGUGCCGUUCAAGGAGCUGAGUCACGUGAUCCGCUGGGCCCUCUCUCACCCGGAGCGAGAGGCCUAUUUCUCACUUGAGGAAGCUCUGAAGAAACAUCGUCCGGACUUCACCAACCUUCUUGAGAACCCAGCUAAAAACCUAUCCCACAGGCAGAGGGUGCAGAAAGCUCCCCAGAGCGGUCUGGCCAUCCCUGGCCUCUCGGGAUCUCCCACUCUGCCCGAGGACUUUGUCGAAGAGGCGCUACUCCUCAGCGACAUUCUGCAACUCAACGAGAUUUCAUCAGUCGAACUGUUGCUGGCUGGAGAGCAGCACAUGCCAAGGUUCCCGGGUCUGACGCGAGGACUGGUGGCUGUACUGCUCUACCACGAUGGCCGACACUGUCUCCUCUCCUCCCUACGGAGUCUUCUUCAAGCCAGAGAGGGCGUGGCCUGGACACUAGGGUUGCCCCCGGCAACGCAUCAGCUGGUGACGUCGUUCACAGAUCAACUGAUAAGCGACGGUCUAGUGACGCGGAUUCUGAGUCUCCUGGACUCUCUCAGUGUCAAGGGAGAGCUGGCAGCGCUCGAGAAAGGACGAGCCGUAGGCCCUGCCCACCAUCGACGGCAGAUUGAGGAGCUGGUUCGAGAUCAGCGGGCGUGUCUCGCUGACUGUCUGUUCGUCUGGGCGGUCCAGACUCCGCCCGGGAAAGACCACACCCUACAGAUUAUCAAACACUUGAAAAAAGUCAAAGUCGACAGUGGGAAAUCAGUUGUUGCUGCCGGUAGCGACAGCGGGGGUCAAAGUUUACCAGACAUUACCAAGGUUACGGUCGACAUGGUGACGGUGUCUCUGUGCAUGACGGUGAUGUCGUGUUUUAACAUUGGGGAGGAGAGUGGAGACCAGAGCGAUGAAUCCUCCCUGGGUGACCAGUACCCUCUACUGGCAGACGCUACUUUCCUUCCUUCCGUUCAUGCCGAGCUAACUAGUGGAGACGAGUGGGGGUGUGGUUGGCUGUGUGCGGUGGUCAAACUGGCUUGGGCAGUUCUUCUGCGAGAAUGCUCCACUCACAAUACCUUUGCUGGGGUAGAAGAAGUUCAAGACGACGAGGGUUUGCUGGACGAAGCUGUGAGGGGCGGAGUCUUUGCGUUCCUACGGCGAUGUGUCCAGACUCCAAACUUUCACGAAGAGGAAUACUAUCUGAAAAAGCUUCAUUGGCUGCUGACAAGCAUGAUUAUCAACAUGCCGUUGAAAAUGAGGGAGCUUCGUAACUAUGGUGACGAGGUUGCCAGGGAGAUCACCAGUAGAGGAGGGGUCGAGGGUUCGUUGUCACAGGAACGUUUCUUUGAAGAUCUGAUGAAGCUGCUGGGAGACGUGUACAGAGAUGAUCCUCACGAUCUCAGUCUGGAGUUCUGGUGGACCGGGGCCGACACACCCAGGACCAACCAGCGUGGAAUCAGUCUCCACAAGUUCCUGGGUCUGUGCACUGAUCUGCUGCCGGCUCCCGUGUUCACCUCCCUCCUAUACCUUCUGAGGGGAUUGUCAUCAUCGGCUAAAACUGCCUAUCACUGCUUCGAGUUUCUGAAGUCAAACUCUCCAAGUCUUGGAGGGGGCGGGGCAUCUGCUGCAAUAUCUCUGGACCAUUUCUUCACCUCUCUAAGACAGUACUAUCUGGGGCUCAGACGGGAGGGGGCGGGGCUGGCCACGCCCACCGGAUGUGCCAUUUCCCCACAGGAGUUGGAGGGCCUUGUCUCAGUUCUGAAAUUGAUUCAGACCAUCACUCGACUGGACGCAGGAGCAAGAGUUGUCAUGUACGAGAGCCAGCAAUGGCUGCCUGUUCCCUCUCUCUUCGGCUGGUGGGGUGCCCCAUACCCCGAGAACUCAAAGCCGAGAUUUUGCUGACGUUGGCAGCGUUUGCAAAAAGUCCAGACAUUGCCACUUCAAUGAUUCACACUUUGGAGAGUGUGCAGGUUUUGAACACUGUGUCGAGCGUGGGUGUGGCAGUGGGCGGAGCUUUGGUGCAGCCUCAGGCAAAAGAAGGCAGCAUUCAGGUGGAGCUGGAGGAGAUAGAGUCCCAGAUGGAAGACUACAGACUGACGAGAGCGUUCCUCGUUCUCCUGGACUCAGUAACGGACGUUCCCCUCCUCCCACGCUGGGUGUCGCUCACAGGGUCCCCGGGUUCCAACCGUACCUAGACUUUGUGAGAGAUUCGGUUCUGCUGAGGUUCGACUCACGAGGUUAUCAGAAUUCCUCAGAGAAGUGGCAAGUUGCGCGGUUGGCACUGGAGAUACUCAAGAAACUGCUCGACAAACACGAAAUCUCAUUGGACGAUUUCGGCAACACGUCACAUGACCUCGGAGGAGGGGGCGUGUCCUCUCUCCCCAUCUCUCCCGGCCACUCCCUCCUCGUCCACAUGUUCAACGACUCACACCUUCUGAAAAAGGUGUUGAUGAUUAUAGAUGAGUGUGGCCGUAUCCUAGCAACCCCGGGAGAGGGGGGAGGGGUGAGGGAGGGAGAGAGGGAGAGCGUGGCCGGAGCGGCUCUGUUAGCUCUGCAAAUGGUAGAAUCUGCUCUGGAGAAACAGGACAGUUUUUUCUCACUCAUGAGACAGAACAACCUGAGUGUCAUGGUAACGCCACUGGACCAGUUGUUGCUAGGAAUCAACCCUCGAUCGGGACUUGCUGACCAUUUCAUCAAUAUCGCGAGCUACAUGUCUCUGACGUGGGAGACGCCAGAACUGGCUCUCUCAGCCGUCAACAUUCUCAUAUCCUCCUCCCACUCCGUCAAGGUUGCCAAGGAGAUGGCCGUUGCCAUUAGCAACAACAAGAAAGCAAAGUCCAACAUCAUUCACGGGUUUGUCGAACACUUGGAGUGGGAGGGGCCAGACACGCCUAGCGACGACCCUGCUGAGUCUCCCACGGCAACCGUUGCCGGGGUACACAGACAGGUCCAGCUCGGAAUCCUCCGCCUCCUGUCUGACUGUGUCGGGAAACCUCCAAAUAUUGCCCACCUUCUCCUUGGUUUCGAGGCGAGGCGGGGUAAACAGAUCAGCGAGACGACACUCCAAGACCCCGGGGUACUGGAGUCACCCCGAACUGUACUCCACUCCCUCCUCUCCCUCGUCCAGCACUCCUCCGAUCCCCGCAAUCCGAUUGGUUGUCACUAUGGCAACCCCAAACUCGCUGAGCUCUGCUACAAAGUCAUAUUUCAGCUGUGCUCUCAUCACGACCUUUCAACCCCUACCCUCCGCUACUUGCGCAAUAAUCACGACUUCUUCCAUGCCCAGCUGUCUGCAAUCCCAUUGGACGUUGCUAGGUUACGCCCGGCAGAGGGCGAAGAAGAGGAAGGGGAGGGAGAACUGGGUGGAGUCAGAAUCAUGACAUCACAACAAGUCUCGUUGCUCCACCAGCAGGCGUGGCUGUUGAAAGCUGUUGCCAUAGAGAUGAGAGUAACCGCGGAAACGCAGCUGCGAUCGCACAACCAGAGACUAGUGGACCUGCUCAUGUCUGAGAAGUCGACCAAUUGGAAUCCGGUGCUGGGUCAUGUGACAGGAAGUGUGAUGUCGGAACUGACAGAAUACCAACCUGAACUGAGUAUAGCAAACGAGGGGCAGAGGAAAAUUCUGGUUUUACUCGACCUUGUGACCUUUGAGGACUUACCUCUCCCUCCACUGCAGGCGGAAUUCGAAGCUGCCAUUCAGUCAUGUGACACAGAGGACCCCAGUUCGGGGCUGACCUACACGGACGUGCGGCAGCUGCAUCAGAUGAUGAUGACGGAGGUCAACAGUCUCCGAGGUGGUGUUGGAGCCAGCGCCCAGAGACACAGCUUACUACAGGAAGUUCAGUCGGCUCUGGAGGUGGUGGUAUUGCGCAACUCCGUCCUGGAGAAUCGUCACGGCAACACCCACCUGUUCCGGGGUUGGCGUCAGGUCGUAGAGAUUUCUCUUCAUUCUCUUCUUGGGGGAGGAGGGAGUAAUGAGGGGAGAGGGGGAGCGGAGAAGAAAGAGAGAGAAAUAUCUGUUCUGUUCGAGCUGAUUCAAGGACUGCUGGCCAGAGUUGAGGGGCGUGGCAGAGGUGCUCUGUCGGGAGAGGUGUUCCGAGUCCUGCUCGUUCUCAUGUCACAUCUCUCUUUCAUCACCACAACUGCCGUUACCGAGGACGACGACUCUCUGUUGACUCUGAUAUUUUCGGCACCGCUCCAGUCCAUCCUCCGAGACCUGCUGACAGCAGUUCAGCAGACGCCGGGAGCGAUGCAGCUGGCCCGGGCACAUCUCUACGGGGCCCUCCUCUACUUCCUGACCGUCUCCAGGCAACAGCAUUCCUCAGAUUCCAGCAACCACAGAGGGCAAACAGGUUUGAGACUGGAAUGGAGCGAGGACUCGCUGGCUGCCGGUAACCUAGCAACCAUCGCCAGCUUCGGGGAGCCCCUGAUGGAGAUUGUCUGUCGAGACGCCAGCUCCGGACACGACGUCACUAGGAUGCUGUCGCUCUCUCUCCUGGACGCCAUGUUCUCCAUCGACAGAGACGGGAGCUGGCUGAGGUUCAUCGUCUCCCGUGGUUACCUGGCCAAGCUGGCUGCCAGUCUCCUCUGGGAGGACGAGGCUCUCCAGAAGAUGCUCCACCCUCUGCCUGACACCGCUCAGAGCUCUCUAUGUCCAUGA